CCGGAAGGCAGCGGCUGCCCCCAUGCGGCGGGGCCUGGGGUCGCGGCGCCGCCGACUCCCGUCUCUCCCCGGCUGAAGAUGGCGGCGCGGCCGGGGCCGUGACGAUGGCGGACGAGGAUCUGAGGCCCGAGCACCAUGCCUCAGAAGUUACUCAAAAGUGCUCACUUCAUUGAAUUAGGAAAUUACGACUAUUGGCCUGUGCUUGUACCACGAGGUAUCCGCCUGUAUACUUAUGAACAAAUUCCAUCUUUUCUUAAGGAUAACCCUUAUAUUACAGAUGGAUACAGAGCUUAUCUACCUUCAAAAUUGUGUUUAAAAAGUCUUUUCAUCCUUUCCAAUGAGACGGUGAAUAUCUGGAGUCACCUUCUAGGAUUUUUCCUGUUCUUCAGUCUUGGAAUUUAUGAUAUGAUCAUCGUACUUCCUGAAGCAAAUGCCUCCAGGGAUGAUUAUGUUAUAUAUUCCAUUUGUCUCUUCUGCUUCCAGGUUUGUUUGCUCUGUUCAGUGGGAUAUCACCUGUUCUGCUGCCAUCGCUCUGAGAAAGCGAAUCGUCGCUGGAUGGCCCUUGACUAUGCUGGGAUAGCCAUUGGGAUUUUGGGCUGCUAUGUACCUGCAGUCUUCUAUGCCUUUUAUUGCAAUGAGUUUUGGCGACAGGUGUACUUAAUAAUGGUGCUGGCUAUGAUAUUGGCGGUAUUCUUUGCACAAAUACAUCCAUAUUACCUCACUCAACGGUGGUACAGCUUGCGUGCAAUCAUUUUUUGCUGCGUUUCUGCAUAUGGGUUUAUCCCAACAAUUCACUGGAUUUGGCAGACUGGAGGGAUGAGUGCACCCAUAGUUCAGGCACUUGUUCCACGCAUACUUGUAAUGUAUUUCAUGGGAGCAGUGGCUUUUUUUUUGUACAUCACAAAAAUUCCAGAACGAUACUUCCCAGGACAGGUGAACUACCUUGGUUCCAGUCAUCAGUGCUGGCAUGUCCUUGUUGUCCUGAUGUUCUAUUGGUGGCACCAAACUGGAGUAUAUAUUACACAGUAUAGACACAACCAACCCUGUUCUGAAUUAAUCAAUACAUAAACAAGCAGUAGCAGCUGCUGUGUAAGGAUUCCUUGGAAGUGCCUAAUGAAAAUCUGUAGUGAUAUAUUGAGCAGGGAAAGAGGAUAUUUUUUUCAUCGUUAAUCUUCUGUAUGUGUAAAUGCAUUAUUUAAACAACAGCAAUUUGGUUUACCUCUGUCCAUUCAAGCACUAAUUAUUUUGAACAAGCCUUUGAAGAUGUCUUUGUUUAAAUUUUCUACACGGGUACCACUGUUAGAAUAAUCCUUCAAAUAAUGUAGAUAAUAAAACUGGAAUUUGUAUACACAUGUAUACACAUGACUUAGUUGUGAUCAGGACUUGCAUUUAUUCAAAAACAUAGCUGCAGUAUCAGUGGAACAAGUCGCAUUUCGGCAUCUAAGGUUAUUUAGAUUUUUUAACUUGUCUUACACUCUUUUGAUAUCCCUGCUUGGAAAAACCCAAGGUAUCUUAGGGGGUCAACUCAUAUGUUGUGUACUUUUGGUCAAUAGGUAGCCACAAUCAAGAGCUUCACUACCAUUUUUGCAUUCAUGCAGAUUUGAAGCUAUUUUUCAGCAAUACAAUAGAGGUAUAGUGUUUCUGAUCUACAAACAAAUAAUGUUUGUGGAUAAGACAGCCAAUGUGGAGGAAAAUAAGGCAGCUAAAUGUAUGAAACAUACAACUUUGUGCAUAUAAAGAAUAGAAAUGGAAAGAGAAUUGACACAUUUGAAAUUAACAGGCCGGUGGUGAAAGGAUACACAUAACAUGUAUUUAAUCUUGAAUUUAUAACAGCAUUUUCAAAAACUACUAUUCAGUGGAUGUCACUGGCUUAAAAUGACUCGGACUAAAAUCAUUAAAGUAAUUGUAUAGCUAAGUAACUUUAAGUAACAAUCUAAUUGGGAGUUUGGGUAAAAAGUAUGCCCAAUACUUUGUGCACUGAAAUUCCCAGCAGGUAAGGGAGAAAGGUGGUUACUUUUCCUUCUAAUGUUGUACAAGUGAAGAGGUCACGCAGGCAACUAAUUUGUCCAGGUAAACUGGGCCAGGUAGAAUACUCAAGCAGAUUAGAAAUGGAUAAUCCUUUUGUAAUUUAAUUGGUAAAUGUGAUGGACAAAAUACUAAAGUGCAAAUUUAGAUAACCAUGCAGUGAAAAAAAAGCAUUACUACUAAGCACCAUUGACGAUUUGUACAUAAAUUCUACAAAACACAUCUGCCCAAGCACAUUAAAUUCACCUAUGGAGGGUAAAGUGCAAUGUUUUUUUAUUUAUUUUUGCACAGAAAAUAUCUAACCAACCACUCUUACAAAGAUGUUUUCUCGGAAUAAUCAUCUUUCUGGUUUUCAUAUACAUUUUUACUACUUGCCCUUAAAAGGACAAGUGGGUCUUGUGGUUUUCAGAUUUGUUCUGUAUUGUAUUCAGGCUGUAAAAUGUAAAGUUUUGUUUUUUGUGAAGGGUGGGGGGGGGGGGGGGAGGUAUGAUAAAGUGGUGAGGGGAGAAAAGAGUUGGGUUUAACUUAAUGUUUAAACUUUGCUUUUCCUGUGACUUUAGUGCUGAACUUGUCAAUAAAUCUUCUUCAGAAAUGAA